AUGUCAACACCACCGAUCGGAUCCGAUGGCGAUGUGAAAAAAGAUGAACUACAAAAUGACGAUGUGAAAAAUGAAGAACUUCAAAGUGGGGAUGAGAUAGAAAAUGAACUACAAAAUGGAGAUGAGGUACAAGAUGAAGUACAAAACGAGGAUGAAAUAAAAGAUGAACUACAAAACGACGAUGGAAAAGAAGACGAACUACAAAAUGAAGAUGAGAUACAAGAUGAACUACAAAACGACGAUGGAAAAGAAGAUGAACUACAAAACAAUGAUGAAGCAAAAAAUGAGGCAGCUGAUGUUGCAGUUUCACAUAAACCUAUUACUACGGAUUCUGCAACUAUUCGUAAUUCAUUGACUUCGUCUUCUAUCACAUUUUACGUACUACGUCACGCUGAACCAAAUCAUGGCUGGAAAAUUCAAGCCCUGUUUGAUAAUGAUAUCAAAUUUGAUUUUGAAAGCAGUAAAGCUCUGAAUGUUGAAGAGUGGAAUGCAAAUAAAAAUGAAAAAAGUCCAUUUCUCUAUCAACUUCGAUUGAACGUUCUUCUCAAUGAUAGGGGAGAAGUUUAUAUUCAGCAGAAAAAGAAAAAUCGUAAAAUUCAAUUAUAUCAACUUCGCAUAUCAGCACCAGGAUUUACCUACACGUCCCAUUAUGAGGAAGAUUUGUUUCGUGAUAUCAUAGUUGGUCCAUCGACGUCGCAUCAAUUUUUAUUUGACACUCGUUUCAAUCGCGGACUCUUGUCCAUCCCUCCUGGCAGUAGCAUACCAUUUUUGGAUCAUCUAUGCAUUUUUACUUACUUUCUUCUGAGCACACAAUCGUACGACAAAGUUGACUCACUUUUUGAUCAAUUUGCGGCUACCUUAGAAAGUCGUAAAAUCAUCAUUUCGCGCGAAAGUUUGAAAAUAUUUUUCAGUUUGUGCUAUAAAUAUUUAUCAACAAUCGAAAAUGCCCUCAAACAAGAUCUUGAUGCGCUCAAAAUUCUUAUUCGGAUGAUUGGUCUUUUAUCUAUAAGUCGAGAAAAUUUGAUUUUCGACCAAGCAGCUUCGAUAUUUGCAUCAAUUAUUCUCAAGAAUUUAUGCGACAAGCUUGACGCUGUCUUGACAACAAUUAAUGAAAAUGACUGGACAUCUUUUUGUCAAGGUUUAGUAACACUAAUUUGCAUUAAACUACUUCAUCAAGGAAAUGAAAAUGAAGCAAGUAAUACUAUUGAUUUACUCUCAAGAAUGCCCGAAGGACAACAACGAAAAGAUGCCGUAUUGAAAUUGCUUGAUUUAUUCUAUGAGUUACAAUGUAGAUUAUCAAAAAACAAAGUAAUGGAGCUGUAUACAUUAGUUGAGCCCGAUGAUCUCGCACUGAAAUAUCUCGAAUUAGCUGUUUCAAUUGAAAUUUAUAUUGAUUACCUUACUUAUUUUCUCAAAAUUCGUGAAGAUAAUAUAAAUGACUUCCAAGAAAAUAUAAAAGAUCAACUUGAUAGACUUCUUGAAAAAAAUUACUUCCCUAUUACGUUAUUCGAUAUAGCAUUUAUUCUAACUUAUUUGAAACAACAAACAGACAACAAGUCAAUCCAACUAAUUCAAUCUGUUUUCCAGACAAAUAAUACAUUACGAAGUAAGAUUGAAUCAGAUUUAAACAGAAGAAAUUAUAAUAUUUCCACGAACGAGUUUCCUCUCAUUCGUGAUAUUAUGAUUCGUUCGUAUAAUUCAUUUUUAUUACACAAUAUUAAUCGUCAACAAUAUCUUUUACGAACACUCAAUCGUCGAAAUGAUCGAACAAGUGAUUAUUUUCUCUCUUGGUUCGAAUGUUUUCUCUGUGAAAUAGAUGAAGAUUGGAUUAAUUAUCAAGAAUUAACACGUCAAUGGACAGAAUGUUUUGUUACCAAUAAAAAAAUGUUAUCCGAAGUUAUGGAAAAAGUCGAUUCACUUAUCGAUCUGUGGACGAAAGUCGCACCAAAUAAUAAUCAACGUUCAAACUUUUUUGUAACACAUAUGGUUGCACAAUGUUUCCGACAAGAGAACGUGAACGAUCUGUUGAUGAGUGCUCUACGUACAGUAAACAAUGAAAAAUUUCUUGAAGCUUUUGAAAAACAAUAUGAAAAAGACAAAUUAGCCAAUGUCAAGGGACGUCUAAGGGAUUUAUACGAUCCGAUAAAUCCCUUAUUUCAAUUAAUGAAUAUCGCUAAAGAGCAAAAGAGACAAAAUAAACUUGUAGAAAAUCUGAUUGCUCUUGCUGCAUCUAUGAUCGAAAUCAAAGAUAUUGAAAUUGUUAAUGAUACUUUCAAUCAUCCAUCCCGUGAUACGUUUAUCUAUGCUAUUCUAUUCGAUGAAUCGUUCAGUUCAUUAUCAAUUCAUGAAACAAUUAUUAAUCGUUUGAGUCAACAAUGGAUGAAAUGGGAACAAGGAAAUAUUCUUGCCAGUGAUGUACGAACAUGGGAAAAAUUUUCCGGUGAACAAAAAGCUAUUGUUCAUAAAAUAUGGUCUUUAGUAGCUCAAAAAACAGGACAACAAGAUGAUAUUGAUUUAGUAUUCGAUGUUUCACGUAAUGCUUUGAAAAGGAAAUUAGAAACAAAUGAUAAAGUAAUUACAUGUCUCAAUACUUAUUGUCAAGAGGCAAUUGAUAAAGAGAAAUAUGAUGAUAUUGUCAAAAAUUGGCAUGAACGUUUUGAACUAGAAAAUAUUAAUUCAAUUGAUAUACCAUCCGAUCUAUCCAAUAUUGUUCCACUUGCCGAGCAACUCAAUCCUUAUGCAACAGCGAUUGCUUGGAGAACUUAUCUCGAUCAACAAACAAGGCCAAGUAGUAAAAAUCGAUCAGUAGGAAGACGAGAUCUUAAGGAGUCGAUCGAACGACAACUAAGUGAAGAAAUGGAGGAUGACACUUGGUCACAAGAGCAAGUGUUGUCAGCAGAUCAAAUCCCAGAUAAAACUGACAAAUCAACAAAUGAAACGGUCAAAAUUGAAUGUCUGAGGAUACUUCAACAAGCCGUUACAAUUCUUCAAGAAUUUGAACAAAUAUUAAAACAUAUAUGUGAAAAAGGACGUCAAGUUCCCAUUGAAAAUAUUCUUCGCUUAUUUUCUGACAUUGGUCAUGCUGAAAGUGAUUUGAAAUUGUUAAUACCGUUGCUAAAUAAGGAAACUCUACCAUUACUUCUUUCCGUUACAUCAUUUUGGAAAGAUCAUAUUCGUAUUCGAUAUAUAUGUACGGGUAUUAUGAAUUUGAGUACGAAAAUUUCUGGUAAUAUCGAUUUAAAUUUCUUGCGUAGUUUACGUUCUAUUAAUGAACAAACAUCAAGUGAAAUAUGUUUUUCAACAUAUGAACAAUAUCGAGAACAAUUCGAAAAGAAAUGUUCGGUCAAUAUUCUUACAUUACUCUCUUACUAUGGUUCAUCAUGGGAUUUAUUCGAUUUUCUUGAUUCACUUACGGCUGAUGAUGUUUAUAAUUUACAAGAAGCUGUCAAUGAUUGGGAUGAAACAUUGGUGAAUACGAAAACAAUUUUUGAUUUUGCUACAGUGAAAAAUUUUCUCGAUCGUGCCAAUACAGCUAUGACAAAUAAACAAAAACAAUUGAAUGUUACCUCAUUAUCAUUUGAACAUAUAGUCGAAUGUUUUGAAAAUACAUGGAAAAAUAAUCAAUUUGAUGGUCUUUCCAGAUGUCUUGAAUCAUCAGCUUUGUCAUUAGCAAGUAUCAAACGUAUUCAUUUAGAAUUAACCGAUAAAGAACAAUCGAAACGACGUCGAAUAGCUGAUAUUCUACAAAAAUCAAAUAUUGAUUUUGUUCGAAGCGGACAUCAUGAAACAACAUUUGAUAUUGAUGUUGAACUUCCGAAUCAACAACAACAAACAACAAUGAAUGAUGAACAAAAAGAGCAAAAAAUUACAUUUGCCGAUUUAAGUGAACUUCGUGAUCGUGCACGUUUACUCGAAUAUUCCAGUAAUGUACAAAAAGCUGAUAAUAAUGAACGUGAUGUAGACAAAUUACGUAAUUUUAUUCAAUUUGUCAGUGUUGUUGAGACAACUUUAGAAACUCUAACAAUCUUAUACACGACUGGUCAUCCAUCCGUUUCAAAAUUUCUUAUUCCAGAAAAACAAUUUCCAUGUACAGAUGGAAACUAUGAUGAAUUAAAAGAAAAUAAUACGAUAUUAAGUGAUUUACUUGUUAAUUGGGAAAAGAAACUGUUUGUUAUGUAUGAAAUACAUAUUGAUUUAACAUAUUUUACAAGUGAUCAAUUUUGGCUUAUUGAAGAUUAUAUUUACAAUCCAUCAUCGGUAUGUCAUCCUGGUUAUCAUCUUCUCAGAUUUAUUGAUAUUGAUCCAAAAUUAAUUCCAAAACCUGACAAACAACCAAAUACACCAGAAGAUCGUCUAGAAAAUCUUGGUAAUCUACUUUCGAAACUACGACAAGAAGUUUUUUAUCAAAAAGAAAACUUGAAAAAUGAGAAAAUUCUUCUUGUUGAAACGACAAAUGAAGGUAUUCUUCGUGCUAUUCUAUCUCUAUUUCAAAAAAUAAACAUUCAACCACAUAUUCGUCACCUCUUCUAUUGUACAACACGAACAAAUUGGAUAGAAAUUCGUGGAUUUAUUUAUCGUUGUUUUUAUUCACAAUCAUUUCAUCAACUCAUACGACCUGAACUUCUUUCUCAAUCAAUUCAAGAUCAAUUUGUUCGUUUACUACGUUCAUUAAUGAAAGAGAAACCUGAUCAAAAUUUUCGAAUUGGUAUUAUUACGACAACUAAUAUGAGAAAUCAACAACUUAUCAAUGGACUUCGAUCGAUGCGUAUUGUCGAUAUUCUACGUGAUCAAGAUUUAUUAAAUAAAACAGAUUUUCAAAAAUUAAUUCAAGACAUGAAUAAAAAUUGUAUACUUGUUACAUCAAGAAUAACUGGUCUAGGAAAAUCGACUAUUAUUCGUCAGGCAAUAGAAAAAUCAAAUAAAAAAUAUGUGAAAUUUCCAAUCUAUGGUGAUUUUGAUGUUGAUACAUUGGCUGAACGACUUCGUUCGAAAUAUUCUCAACUUCAAACAGGAGACAUUCAUCUCGAUAUUGGCACGACUGCUAAUAGUCAACAAUUGAAUGAAAUUCUUUAUUGUUUACUACUUUUUCGAAAUUUUCGUUUUGGAUACGUGGCUGUUUCAGUACCGGCCGAGACGAUUGUGUAUAUUGAACUUGAUGCAUCACCUGAUGCAACUCUUAAUGAAUUACCAUUAUUUCAACAUAUAACUCCAUCGAUAAUUGUCGAAAAAGUCGAUUGGACAAGUCUUAAUAUAGGAAAUAAAGAAAUUCAAGCUGUAGCAAAUUAUUUGAAAGCUAUCGACACUAAAGCAAUUAUGAAACAGAAUGUCAAUUCAUCAAUGUUUCAAAAUUUGGAUGUAAAAACAUGUUCUCGUCUUAUUCAAGGUCCAUUUCUUCCAAAAAAAGAUGAUAAUUACAUAACAUGGACUCAAUUAUCGAUUUUUGUUGCCGUAUUUCAUCGUUUAUUUACAGGUUUUUCACAUUGUGGUUAUUUCUUAGUUGAAUCAGUUCCAGAACCACAACUUCGUUUGGAUCUUGUUCAAAUACUUCUUGAAUCAUCAAAUCAAUUUACUUCACUCUCAGUUGAAGCUGUUCGUAAACAACAACGAUCAGCUACAAGUGGCGAACCGACAACAUUCAGUGAUGCCAUUGUUCGAUGGGAUACAAUUCAACCGUUUACAUUAGUUUUCACGGUAAGUGAUGAACCACUAUUUGUCUACAAGAAACCGACCGAUGUACCUCAAGCACUUGUCAAAUAUUUCAAAUUUUACUAUCAAGCAUUAGGACAAAAUUCAAUUAUGCAAACUACAAUGUUUCCAGAUUAUAUCACCCUUGGGCAUGAUAAACUUUUUCUCAAAUUAGCUUCACUCUCACGUAAAUAUUUUAACAAAUCGAUUUGUCCGAAAUGUUUUAGACAAUAUGAUAUUAAACAACAAAAAUGUGAUAAAUGUUUGAGUAAAGAUAUUCUUAUGCGACCGAAAUCAUUCGAUCAUAAAGAUGUCGAACAAUUUCAACUUGAUAUAGCAAAAAAACUUGAAACUGAUUAUGUUCUUACACCAGAUAAUUUUAUUAAAAUGCUUCUUAUUUAUAUGCGAGUACAAAGUGGUAUUCCUGUUUUGAUCAUGGGUGAAACAGGAUGUGGAAAAACAUCAUUAAUUCAAUUUUUAUGUCAAAAAGUUCUCGAUGAAGAUCUAGAAAUAUUUCGUAUUCAUGCUGGUGUCACAGCUGAUAUUAUUAUUAAUAAAAUGAACAGUUAUAUUCAAAAAGUUCAAACAUAUACUAAUAAAGAAAAAAGUUUAUGGAUCUUUUUCGAUGAAUUUAAUACAACACCAAAUAUUGGUCUUCUCAAAGAAAUUAUGUGCGAACGAACAUUACUCGGAGAAUCAUUGCCAGACAAGAUGGUUUUUUUGGGUGCAUGUAAUCCUCGACGACAGAAGACAGCAAAAAUUCUUCAGAAUGAUAAUGUUCAUGUUGGAUUACGAAAAAAUCGUUAUGAAAUGCAAAAACUUCUUUGGGCAGGUACCGAUCAACGUCUUUUAUAUACAGUCGUACCAAUUCCAGAAACCAUGCUCGAAUAUAUUUGGGAUUAUGGUUAUCUGAAUGAAUCAACAGAAUUAGCUUAUAUAAAAACAAUGUUAAACAUAUGUCAACAUCUUUCAAGUGUUACAAUUUUGUUCGAUCUUGUUGUUAAUCUUCUUGUUCAAUCUCAAAAUCAUUUUCGUCAAAUUGAAGAUGCAAGUAGUGUAAGUCUACGAGAUAUUGCUCGUUUUUGUCGUCUUUAUAAUUGGUUUCUUAAUUCGUUAAUUCAACGAAAUGUGAAAGAUAUAUUUCAAAAACCAUCUGAGGUUAUUAUUCGUCGAGCGAGUUUAAUUGCAUUAAUGCUUUGCUAUUAUUUUCGAUUACGUUCUGUAGAACUACAGAAUACCUAUAUCAAGAAAAUGCAAUCAAUUAUAGCAACCCAAUAUCCAAAGGUAGCCGAUAUGCCUGAUUAUUUGACAACUUAUAUUCUUCAAGCUGAACAAAAGAAAUUGAUUGAUGACCGAAUGGAAGUACCACCAAGUACCGCUCGAAAUCGAGCACUUCGUGAUAAUGUUUUUGUUCUUCUUGCUUGUAUUGUCAAUCGUAUACCAUUAUUUUUAUGUGGCAAACCUGGAAGUAGUAAAUCAUCGGCCGUUCAAAUUCUUAUUAGUAAUUUAAAAGGAAAAAAAUCCAAAGAUCCAUAUUUUCAAACAUUACCUGAACUUGUAGCUGUUUCAUUUCAAGGUUCACAAAAUUGUACAUCGGAAAGUAUAGUAAAAGUUUUUGAACGUGCUUCAAAAUAUGCUGGAGUUCGAAAUGAUUCUGAAAUAUUGCCUGUAAUUGUUUUUGAUGAAAUUGGUCUUGCCGAACUUUCUCCACAUAAUCCACUCAAAGUUUUACAUGCUGAACUUGAAGUUGACAAUAGUAAAUAUGGUUUUGUUGGUGUAUCAAAUUGGCGACUUGAUGCAUCGAAAAUGAAUCGUGCACUCUAUCUAUCAACACCAGAUCCAGAUGUUAAAGAUUUGCAACUUACAGGUUGGACUAUUGCUCGAAGUAUGCAACAACAAGCUGAAGGACCAAUAUUUCAACUUGAAGAAUUCAUUAUAAAUAGUCUUUCUCGAGCCUAUUAUGAUUUAUAUGAACAUCUAAAAGAAACUCAACCUGAUUUUGAAAAUUAUUUUGGUCUUCGAGAUUAUUAUUCUCUUAUUAAAGGUAUUGCUCGUGAUACAAUAAAUCUAAAAGAUGAUAAUAAUAAAUUGUAUGAAAUUAUUCGAAAUCAACUUAAAAUCAAUUUUGAUGGUAUUUUUGAUGGUUCAACAUUUUUAUGGCAACAAUUCUGUAAUUAUAUCAACAAACAAAAUCUUAUUACUGAAUACACAUGUCCUCCAUUCAAUUAUCUUCUCGAUCAAACUCUUCGUACUCGUUCAAGUCGAUAUCUAAUGCUUAUUGCUGAUAGUGAUGGUGUAAUUGAUUAUGUCGAACGUUAUAUUAGUGUUCAUCAACAAAAACAAAAAACAAUCGUUCGUACAAUUGUUGGUAGUUCAUUUUCUGGUGAUCUACGUUCGGGAAAUACUUAUGCCGAAGAUUAUAACUAUCGAAUUUUAAUGGAUGUUAUACUUUAUGCUGAAACAAAUAUUACUUUAAUUAUGCGUCAAAUGGGUCAUCUCUAUGAUAAUCUUUAUGAUUUAUUUAAUCAAAAUUUUGCUAUAUCAGCAAGAAAAAAAUAUUGUCGUAUUGCUUUAGGUGCACUUUAUCAUCCACGUUGUCUUGUUCAUGAUGAUUUUUAUUGUGUAGUUUUUAUUCAUAAACGUGAUUUAGAUCAAUGUGAUCCACCAUUUCUUAAUCGUUUCGAAAAACAUAUUAUCGAUAUUCAAGCAUUAAUACAUCCACGACAUUGGUCAUUAUCUCGACAAUUAUAUACAUGGCUUGAUAAUUUCUUACCGAAAAAUCUUGGUAAUCAUUUUCCUCUUUUACAACAUUUAUUUGUUGAUCAUGGUCAAGAUCAAAUAUGUAAUCUUGUUAUUGAAGCAUUUGAACAACUGAACAUAUUAACAGAUGAAGAAGAAAAAUCUGAGAAAAUUCCAGAAAUUAUUAAUUAUUGUCAAGAAAAAUUACUUCAUACGAGUUCAUUCGAUUUACCAUUGACUCUUUCGAUACAAUCAACUCCUGAAUGUCAAAAUUUGAUUCAAAAAUAUUAUGACAUACGUCAACCAUUAACAUUUGGUAAACUCAUCGAACAAUCUCUUGAAAAUGUAACUCCUUCUCUUCAAAUUGUUUAUACAUAUACUCAAAUCUAUCAUACAAUUGAUAAUCUUCCAAAUGAUGUCGAAGAAGUUAAAUUGAGUGCAUUUCGAACAGAACUUGAAUUAGUCAGAAAAGUAAAACGUCAUUAUCAAGCAUUAACAAAUAUUCGUCUUCUCUUAAUUCGUGUGGACUAUCAUGGUGAACAUCAACAUAUUCUCUCACUAAAACAUGUUAUACAAAAUGAAUGUGUAUCAUCCAGUGAUCGAACUGUUUGGCUUAUAUUUCAUUUACAACGUAAUCUAGUCAAUCAAGUAACUAAUGAUGUUUUGUUUAGUGGUUGGUUAAUAGAUAUGAUUGAUAAUCUCAAUGAUCGACAGCUUAUUUCCAAAGAAGUACUGACUAAUCCUUCAUAUCAUAAUCUUGUUCUUCAACAAGAAUUUCGUCUAUCUGAAUGUGUAUUCGAUGGAGAUGUUCAUCAAUGUUUAACGAAGUUUAACUUAUUUGAUAACAUAUUUGAUGAACUAGUUGAUCGAUGUUUAUCAAAAUUUCGCUACAUAAAUUUUCAAGCAAAAGAUGAAGAAUAUAUCAGCGAAAGACGUUAUAUACUCCUUCAACAUAUUAUUGAACAUCGAAAUAAUUCAACACCAAAAAGUCUACAUCUUCGUUCGAUUAUAAUCAAAUAUUUGAUGAUAUUAAUUGAAAAACUUCCAACACCUGAUAAAACACGUUUCGUUGAUUGGAGACUUGAUAUAUUAACAAAUGCUGUUACUAUUGCAGCGUCGCGUUCAUUUGAUGAUGCUUUUCAAGUGACAGUUUCAAUGUUUUAUGAAGCCUAUCUUUCACUUCUUUUGGCUCAUCUUGAAAAAUAUCAACUUUUCGAUGCUUAUAUCUUUCUUGCGAAUAGUCAAGAUGAUAAUAUACAAGAUAAUUUGUCUAAAUUAUGGAUAGACUCAUUAAAAGCAUCAUUAGAAACUAUUGAUGUAACAGCAAUGAAUCUUGACGUAAUCGAUAUUUCAUUUAUUUCCGGCCUUCAAUUACCUUGUGCAGCAGUUGAAUUUGAAAAUAUUCGAUCUAUUCGAAAGAAAUUUCAAGAAUUACAAGAAAAUGAUAAUGAAUCUUCAUCGGAUGAGUAUGAUUCUCGUCUUGAUCAAAUGCAUACUUCAAAUAUUUAUGAUGAUAAAUUUUUACAACUUAUUUUCAAUGAUCAAACAUGGUUUCAAUUAUAUUUUCAUGAUCAAAUAGCAAUGCAUUUAGCUGAAGUUAAAAUUCAACUUUCGACUGAUUUUGUUGUUGAUUUAUUAACAAGUAAUCCAACACGAACAAUUAAACAAUAUAAACGAUUAUUUCUUGUUGAACAUGUUGAAUUAACAGAAAUUCUUCGUUUAUUUGAAAUUAGUUUACAAUUAAUUAGUGAAGAACAAAUUCGAAAUAUAAUCAAAGAACAAUGGAUUGAAAUUCCACCUAGUAUAAUACAAUCUUCAGAAUUCUAUACACUUGUCUUAAUUAAUAGUGAACAAUUCUAUCAAUUACCACCAAAAACUAAAACUCUUGAACAACAAUCGAUAUUCGAAUGUCGAGGUGAUCCUAUGAUUGAAACAAGUCUAAUGAAUUUAAUUGAACUCAUUGUUUCACCAUCUGUUAUUCAACAAGCAAAAAAUAUUCAACAAAUAACAACAACUUAUAGUUUGAUUGCACAAGGCAUUCGUGAUCUAGAUUCAUAUGAUGUUAAUAAUCUAGAAAAACUUCGUUCAUUUCUUAGUUUUAUUCGUUGUCUCACUACUCUACUUCCUCACAAAGCUCUUGAUGUUCUCAAAGAUGUUUGUAUGAGUGGUUUCGAUGCAAAAUUUCAUUCAUGUUCAAGUAUUCAUUAUUUUAUUACUCAAUUACAAGACCGUAUGAAAUCAGAACAAUCAACUGUCGAUGAAAAUAUAAUACAUCGAGCAUUAGUUAAACUUGAACUUGACUUUCUAAAAGAUUGGUUAGCUGAUAAUGGUGAUUCAUAUGGUGAAAUUUUAGCACUUAUAAAUGAUGGAAAUAAUGAUCUAUGGUUUUAUUCAGCAAAAAUCUUUACAAUUAUUGAUAAUAAACUUGAUUUAACAUCAACAUUAAAAGAAAAUCAUGGUAAUCUUCCAUCAACUGAUGAAUAUCAACAAUUGAAUCAAUCUCUCGAAAUGCCAAAUACUUCUACACGUAAAAUUGAACGAUUGAUGGUCAAUCGACUUCAUAUGCAUUUGAUGUUGAGUGUACAAGGAAAUGAAAUUGAUCAACAACUUACUGAUGAAUAUGAACAUUUUGUUGAAAAUGUUCGUAAAAUUCAAAGUAAUAAAAAAUUAGAUGUUGGUCAAAGGAUUUCAUUACUUGCAUGGAUUAAAUAUUAUGCACAAAUGUAUGCAUUUGCUUUGAAUAAUGAUAGUCGAGAAGAUGUAUUAUAUAAACUUGAUCGAUUUCUAACUGAUACCGAAACACCAUCUUGUUCUACACUGAAACUUUUUAUUAUCAAACAAAUUCUACAAAUGUCGAAACUUACUUUGGAAGGUUUACGUGAAGUCUAUGUAAAUCGUAAUCUUCUUUGGAUAAAACCAUUUUUUCAACGCUCACGUGAUCAACAAACAACAAAUGUUCGUCAAACUCUUAUUAUUCCAAUGCCUCUUUUUCAAUGUCGAGAACAAUUCGUACGAAUUCAACAAAUAUUCAAUAGUGUAGAUAGAAAUAAUCAAUUACGAAAAGUAAUUCAAGAAUGUCAUCAUACACAAAAAUUAUCCUACGCUUUUCUAUGUUGGUUUAUUGAGUAUUGUUCUCGUUUUAUUCAGCCAAAGACAGAAAUAGACGCUGACUUUAUUCGAAUUAUUCAACAUGAUUUUAGUCAAGAUUUAAUUAAAUCAUUUACACCAUUAGGUCAUCGAUUUCUUAUUGAUUUAUGUUCAAAUUUUUCGGAGAAAUCUUAUUUUCAACUUCAUUCUACAAUGACACCGGAUGAUAUUCAUAAGCGUUUACUUGCUUUAAAUAUCGUCGCUGUCUUUAUUUCUUUCAAAGCACAAUCAGAAAUUACACUUCUCGGUAAUAUUCUCUUCGAUAAUCAACGACAAAUGCCAGCUAGUUACGUUCAACAUCUCUCGACUAUCUGCUUACCAGGUUUGACCAUCAGCAAUAUCAUUAUCAGUCAAAUGAUAUAUGUUCGCGCUCGAGUUCAAGAACGUCUCGAUCAACGUAUAUAUGAACCGUAUAAAGUCGAUUAUGGAAAAUUCAUUUACCAAUGCUCAAAAGAGUGUCCAUGGAUGUUCUAUUUUGAAGAUUGCGGUGCUCCAACAACUAAAACCAUAUGUUCUUUAUGUCAGAAAGAGAUUGGUGCUAAGGGCUAUAAUAUUCUUAUCGAACGUGAUCCUCCUCAACUUCGAAUACCGAAUCCCGAAGCCUUUCAAAGAAUCGAUAAAUAUAUUAAGCAAGAAAAUCAAAAUAUUUGUUUCGGAUAUCAUAAUGUUAAAAAUACAAAUGAGAGCAGUUUAGGUGACAAACCUGAUCAUUUAAAUCGACCAGUUUCAUUUCGUUUUAUUCAUUUUCUUACUCAUGGUCUUCUUUACUUUUUGUAUGAUCGAAAUUAUUUGACUGAUGAUGAUUUAAAGCAACGUCUCAAAUUACCAAGAAAUACUCAUUUUCGUGAUCAUUUCGAAACAGAUUAUGAACUUCUUUGUCAAACAUCAAUUGAUCCUCAACAAUGUUACAUAUGGCUUUAUAAACUUCUCAAUCAUCUUGUUGAUGAUGAAUUCGUUAAAAAAGGUCAAAUAAAUACAAAUGAAAAUGUUCUACAAAUUGAACAACUCAUAGAACAAAAACUUAUUUUUAAACAUAUUGAUUCAAUUGACAAUGAAAUAACUGAAUAUAAAAAAGCUCAUGCUGAAUUCAUACAAAAACAACAAUCAUUAGAAAGUUUUAUUGAUGAACUUUUCGAAAAUGAAGAAUGUUAUCCAUUAUUGAAUUUUUUCAAUAUUACCACAUUUCAUACAUCAAAUCCGUUGGAGGAAUUCAUUUUGAAAAUGCAAAAUUUACCUUUUGCCGAAAAAACUUAUCCUGUUACUACAUAUCUUCUUAAACGUUUAGAUGAUUAUACAAAUAUUCAACAUUUGUAUCCAAUUGUUACCUUCAGUAAUUAUUUAAUUGAAAAAUUAAAUCAUCGAAUUAAACGAAUUGAUUCUGUUCAAACAAAAAUGAUUUACUAUUUGACAGAAGAUAACGAUCGAGAUAUAACUAAAAAAUUAUUCGAUGAUUUUCUCGAUGCUUGGUAUUCAUUAACUUUCAAAGAAGUUUGUUAUGGAUGUCAAAGACCGAAAUUUGAACAUGCUGUUUCCAAAGAGAAAUUUGCCGAUAAUACAAGUAUUGCAAUGUUAUUAUUGACUUCAUCAAGAGACGAUAGUAUUCUUCUACCAGCAUGUUUGAAAACAAUAGCCGAAUUACAAAAUGAAAUUGUCAAUUAUUUUCGUAAUACAAUUGAAACUGCUAUUGAAACAACAACAAAAAGUAAACGAAAAAGUAUACCAUUACAAUCAAUUCGACCCGAACAUAUUUUUUCUCUUAAUCGAAAUAAUUUAAGUGCAAAAUUGAUUAAUGAUAGUAUUGUUGUCAAUUAUCAAUAUGGAAAAAGUAAAGAUAUUAUUUAUGAUUAUGAAGAAAUGGAAAUUACAUUUCGAAAUAUGAUUAGUAAAUUAGUUUUAAUUGAUACAGAAAAAUUAAAUUUUUUGACAUAUCAAUUUGAAUUGUAUGGUGAAAAUACAUCUCUAAUUAAUGAAGUACGUGCUCGUAUUAGACAACAACAAUUAACAAAUGAUGACCGAACUAAAUUGAGUAGUUUAAUUAAUACUAUGAAUCAUGAUGAUAUUCUUCAUUAUCUUGGUUCACUUGAUAAUAUUUUUACUUAUAUAAGAACAAUUGCUGUAGAAAGAUUAACAGAAGAUAUGACAAUUCAAUUAUUCGUUGAACGAUUUAUUCGUUCGAAAUCUCGUCUAAAUGAUAAUGUUCUUCGUUGGCCACAUUUUUGUGCGAUUCAAUUGAAAUAUAUAAUUGAUUUUUAUGAAAUAUUUGAAGAAAUUGCAUUUGAUAAAGUCUUACGUGUCUAUAUGAAGAAAGAACUUGUUGAAGAUUCAUUUACUGAUGAAGAACGAAAACGAGUUAUUGACGUAUUCUCUCGUGCAACAUUUGAAAAAGAGAAAAUUGCUGAAACACUCAAAUCCAUUGAUGCUUGGAUUUCAACACUCAAACGAUUGAUAGUACGUGUGUUGAAUACGAAUAUAGGUCUCGAUAUACCAUUGGAAAUAUAUCUUGGACGAACAGAUUUAUGGAGUGAUCGUGUUAGUUUGAAUGAUUUAACAACAUUUGAGGUCGAUGAAGAUAUUUUAUUACAGCAUACUUAUGUUAUUCUAACUGGUUUGGAAAAUAAACAAAAAGCAGCCAAUCGAUCGCAGCAACAACCGAACAAACCAGCAAUUCAAAGUGUCGGAGGACAACGACAAAAAGCUAAUACAUGGUAUAAUCAAACGGCAAAAGCAACAACUAGUACAAAAGAGAUUGGCGGCAAAAAGCCACCUGGAAAGAAGGCUCGUUCAUAA